AUGCAAACACAUUCCGCAUCGGCCCCCCUACGUCUUCGUCGUUCAAAAGGCUACUCUGAUACCUCUACCUGGUAUGAUCGAGACGACGAUCUGAGUUACACCAUCACCAACGCGCCUAUUCCCCCAAUUCCGACCUUACCAUUACCACUGGAUGAUCCAAAAUUCAAACUGGUGUAUGACGCUGGAAAUGCCUCCGCAGUCUGGUCUGUAGGAAACAGCGCUUUUUGCAAAGUCAAAAUAUGCGAGGCCGGCAUAACGCCAGAAGCUGCGACAUUGUCAUUUGUCUCGAGACAGCAGCCUGACUUCGAGAUCCCUAAGGUCUUGCACGAAGCAGAACAUAAUGGCCGGUCUUAUCUGUUUCUUAAUAGGGUUCAAGGUCGAACCCUUGGAGAGGCUUGGCCUAGUCUGGAUGAAAAAUGGAGACGCCACUAUAUGAAAGCUAUCAUAGAUGUUUGCAAGUUUCUCGUGAGUCGAGAAUGCAAUAUGCUUCGUGGCGUGGAUGGCAAGAAUGCCCUUGAGCCGCUCCUUAUCAAACGAGGUACGGUAGAGGACUAUUCUCCUAGUAACCUCCAACAAGCAUGCGAAGCGAUGGGUAUGGACUGCCCAAAAUUUGUAUUUUACCAUGCCGACCUUGGCCCUGGGAAUAUAAUAGUGGAAGAUACUCCGAAGACCGGUUCUGUUGGUAUUAUUGAUUGGGAGCUCGCUGGCUAUUUCCCAAGGGGAUGGAUUCGGACUAAGUUUCGAUUAAGCCGUGGAAUGAAUCUAGAAGAUUCAGCUACGGAUAAUCCGACUGAGUGGAGCGCAGGAGUUCAAGAGUUGCUUGGAGACCAUGGGUUCGAACACUAUGCGUCGGAAUGGGUGUCCUGGAGGGAUUGA